AUGGCUAACUACCACGGCGGUGGGCGGUACGGGAUGGCGGCGGCGGCGAUGUGGAGGGAGCCGGAGAGCCCGCAGCUGAGCCUGAUGAGCGGGUGCAGCUCCCUCUUCUCCAUCUCCGCCCUGCGGGACGACGACGAGCUCCUAGCCGGGGCACGGUCACUGCCAGCGACGCCGGUGUCGCUUGCGGGGUUCGCCGGCGGCGACGAGGUGGACAUGGAGCUGCAGCAGGGCGGUGGCAGCGGCGGCGAUGACCGGAGGACUGUCCGGAUGAUGCGCAAUAGGGAGUCUGCGCUGCGCUCCAGGGCCAGGAAGAGGGCAUACGUCGAAGAACUCGAGAAGGAGGUUCGUCGUCUUGUGGACGACAACCUCAAGCUAAAGAAGCAAUGCAAACAGUUGAAGCAGGAAGUGGCCGCUCUAGUCCUGCCUACCAAGAGCCUGUUGCGACGAACCUCAUCCACUCAAUUCUGAAGGCAUGAUGGAUGAUGCAGAGCCGAUAUGAUGCACAUUUCGGCAGUACAAAUUUAGGAUACAAGUUAAGGUUUCAAGUUGUGAACAAUUACACAGUGUGUAUGAUGCAUCUGUAUGAACAUUUGUCUUUGAAAAAAAUAGAAUUAUAUUUUUUAUGUAGUUUUGGC